AUGCAACAUAUUGCUCCAAAUUUCAGAGGGGCGCUAUGGGAGUCCAAUCAUCCAUGUAUGCCCAUAAUUAAAAGCAGACCCACUUUAACGACACUGCCCUUUUAUAACUUUCUGUUAUGGGUCCUCCUCGGUGUGUUGACGUUCCCUUGUUGUGUCCGCUGUUUAAUAUUCAAAGUGGGGGUCCUGGGGCCUUGGAACUGCGACCCUGUUUACUACAGGGCGCUGCCCGCUGCGGCCGCCAGGCUCGCUGUAAGCAGGAUAAACGGAGACUUAAAUCUGGAUCUGGGCUUGAAAAUGGACUUUAUCAUCCUCCAGGAGCCUUGUGAAACCUCCAGAGCUCUCACUGCGUUUAUUUACUAUGAGAAGAUGGCGAAUGCGUUUGUGGGCCCCACCAAUCCGGGAUACUGUGUUGCAGCCUCUCUGCUGGCCAAGAACUGGGAUAAAGCCAUCUUCUCUUACGGCUGUGUCAACUAUGAGCUGGACCGAGUCAUUGGAUACCCGACUUUUGCCAGGAUGGUGCCGUUUCCCACUGAGGUGCUGUUCACCGUGUUGAGACACUUCAGGUGGGCCAGUGUUGUGGUGGUCUCGUCCAAUGAGGAUAUUUGGAGGGACACUGCAGGGAGAGUUGCCACAGCUCUCAGGCACACUGGGCUUCCUGUUGGGCUGGUUGCAUCUAUUGGUCUGAAUGAGACUGAGGUGGAGAGCACGCUGAGGAGGAUCCAGGAUGCAGGAGAGAUCAGGGUCAUCAUCAUGUGCAUGCACUCAGUCCUGUUCGGAGGAGAGCAGCAGGCCACAUUUCUCCUCAAAGCACAGAAAAUGGGCCUGACUACUGGGAAGUACGUGUACAUACCCUACGACACCCUCCACUACAGCGUACCCUACACCAACGUCUCCUACUUCCCGCUGCAAAACAACAGCAGGCUGAGAGAGGCCUAUGAUGCUGUGCUCACUAUCACCAUGGCCUCUGACCCUUUGUCCUUCAACGAGGCGUUCGCUGCCGCAAAGAGGAGUGAGGAAAUGACGAUAGCCACGCAGCCAGAGCAGGUUAACCCACUAUUUGGGACCAUCUACAACAGCAUCUACCUGCUGGCAAAGUCCAUCCACAAUGCCAGGAAAGCAGGCAUGCGACUGUCAGGCUCAAACCUUGCAUUCUUCACAAAGAACACAACCUUCACCGGCUUCAACCAGAAGGUCAAAGUGGACACUGCUGGAGACGUUAAGACCAACUACGUCAUCCUGGACUCUGACAACAGGGGCAGCCAGCUGUACCAGACCCAUGUGGUGGAUCUAACAUCUGGAGUGCUUCGUUUCGCUGGGAGGUCGAUUCAUUUUCCAGGAGGAUCACCCCCGCCGUCUGAUUCUAGCUGCUGGUUUGACAAGACAGCUGUCUGCACGGGAGGUGUGGAGGUCACCUACAUCAUAGUAGUGUUUGCUGUCAUCUUCAUUCUGGCUGUGGGAGGGCUCGUUAUAAGUCUAUAUAUCAGGAGGAGACUCCAACAAAUCCAGCUGGUCAAAGGUCCCAAUCGGAUCCUCCUGACCUUAGAGGAUCUCACUUUUAUCAAUCCUCAAUUUAGUAAAAAGAAAAUCACUUUAGAGGAUCUGAGCGAGUCCAAGAGCGCUAUAGAGGAGAAAUCUGCAGAACGCUCGCACUCUGUCAACAGCAUGCAGACUGCAACUCAUGAGUCCACCAACGUAGCUGUAUACGAGGGCGACUGGGUGUGGCUGAAGAAAUUUGAGGAGGGGCAGUUCAAAGAAGUGAAGCAGAGCACAACCAAGAUUUUUACAAAGAUGAAAGACCUGAGAAACGAGAACGUGAAUCCGUUCCUCGGCUUCUUUUUGGACUGCUCAAUGUUUGCGGUGGUGACGGAGCACUGCUCUCGAGGCAGUCUACAGGACCUGCUGAGGAACGAGGACGUCAAAUUAGACUGGAUGUUCAAGUCCUCGCUUGUGCUCGACCUCAUCAAGGGUAUGAAAUACCUUCACCAUAGAGAUUUCCCCCACGGCAGACUAAAAUCUCGUAACUGUGUGGUAGACGGGCGUUUUGUCCUCAAGAUUACUGACUACGGCUUCAAUGAGUUGCUGGAGUCUCAGAAAGCUGUUAUAGAAGAACCUCCACCUGAAGAUUUAUUUUGGACAGCUCCAGAGUUUUUGAGGGACCUUGCGAGCUCACGUAAAGGCACCUAUAAGGGAGACGUGUACAGCUUUUCUAUCAUCCUUCAAGAGGUGGUGGUCAGAGGGCCACCAUACUGCAUGCUGGGUCUACCGCCCGAGGAGAUCAUCCGUAAGGUGAAGAAGCCUCCUCCCAUGUGUCGCCCCACUGUGGCCCCAGACCAGGCUCCUUUGGAGUGCAUCCAACUGAUGAAGCAGUGCUGGAGUGAGCUGCCGGACCGCAGGCCAAAUUUCGAUGAGAUCUUUGACAGGUUCAAGCUCAUCAACAAGGGUAAGAAGACUAACAUCAUCGACUCCAUGCUGAGGAUGCUGGAGCAGUACAGCUCCAACCUGGAGGACCUCAUCAGAGAGAGAACAGAGGAGCUGGAGGUGGAAAAACAGAGGACAGAAAAACUACUGUCAGAGAUGCUCCCACCUUCUGUGGCUGAGGCCCUGAAGACUGGUGCCACAGUGGAGCCAGAGUACUUUGACCAGGUGACAAUCUACUUCAGUGACAUUGUGGGUUUCACUACCAUCUCCUCGCUCAGUGAUCCCAUCGAGGUGGUCGACCUCCUCAAUGACCUCUACUCUCUGUUCGACGCCGUGCUCUGUAACCACGAUGUCUACAAGGUGGAGACCAUUGGUGAUGCUUACAUGGUAGCAUCGGGUCUUCCCAAGAGAAAUGGCAACAAGCACGCUGCCGAGAUUGCCAACAUGUCUCUGAAUAUCCUCAGCUCAGUAGGAACCUUUCAUAUGCGGCACAUGCCAGGCGUGCCCGUCAGGAUACGCAUAGGAAUCCACUCAGGGCCCUGUGUUGCGGGGGUGGUAGGUCUGACCAUGCCUCGGUACUGCCUUUUUGGAGACACCGUCAACACUGCCUCUCGUAUGGAAUCCACUGGGCUGCCUUACAGAAUCCAUGUAAAUAUGAGCACUGUGAAGAUCCUCCAUUCUCUUAACGAGGGUUAUAAAAUAGAAGUCAGAGGCAAGACAGAACUGAAGGGUAAAGGUAUUGAGGAGACAUACUGGCUUGUAGGGAAAACGGACUUUACAAAGCCUUUGCCAAAACCACCUGAGAUCAAACCAGGGGACAACUGGCAGGAAAUGGUGACUGAGGAGAUCAAGGACAUUUUUCGCAAGGCCCACAGGCAGGUGGACAAAAAGAUCUGA